AAGGCUCUGAAUAAACACAUUACAGAGAGAGAGCAGAGGAUGAGUGGAGUAGGGAAAGUGGUGUGUGUUACAGGAGCUUCAGGUUACAUAGCUUCAUGGCUAGUGAAGGUCUUACUACAAAGUGGAUAUAUUGUCAAAGCCACUGUCAGUAAUCUAAGUGAUUCAAAGAAAACAGACCACUUACUUGCACUAGAUGGAGCUAAAGAAAGACUUCAUUUAUUUGAAGCAAAUUUAAUGGAUGAAGGCUCUUUUGAUUCUGCUGUCAGUGGAUGUGAUGGUGUUUUUCACACAGCCACUCCUUCAUUUCUCUCAGCUCCACACCCUCAUGCAGAAAUAAUAGAGCCAGCAGUGAAGGGAACACUGAAUGUUCUGAGGUCAUGUGCUAAAGUUCCUUCUGUAAAGAGAGUGAUUAUAACAUCUUCCAUGGCUUCAGUUGUAUUCAAUGGAACACAAUGCACCCCUGAUGUGGUUGUGGACGAGACAUGGUUUUCUGAUCCUGCUGUUUGCGAGAGUAUGAAGGUUUAUACUCUUGUUCUCAAGCUUUGUAAUAUUGCUUUUUGUGAGGAUUAAAGCCUCCAAAUUCAGCUAAACAUGAGAUCUAAGAACAGAAAGAAAGCAAGUAC